CUAAACACCUAAACAUACAAAAGAGAGGUAAAUGUUUAAAUACAGUAUUUACUAUACAGUACUAUAUAAUAUAUUCACGUUGGAUUGCGUUGUACAAGAAACUUUCAGCCGCACUUUUUCGGCAUUCCUUUCCUCUGUGGCACACAGCACACAAGCACACAUGCCGUCUUCGGCCUUAUUUCCGAUUUCUAUGAUUAUAAUUAAUAUUUCUACUGCUACAGACUGAUGUCACAAAAUAAAGUUGAUAAGCAGCACCUCGACCCGACUCAUCACGGCUUGAACGGUCCCGCAUAAUCCGGAAAGUACCCCGUUAACCCCGGAAUGGCCAGCCCUAGGCAAGAUUUGGUCCGUGAUGACUCAGAGUCUCUACGUGAAGACGAUGCUGUUGUUAUACUUGGCCGUAAAGACAAGGGCAAAGCUCCUAUAAGGGUCCAUAGGGAUUUCGUUGACGGGAGAUAUCCUCAGAAUACAGAGAUACCUAAUGCAAACCCGCAUCCGCACACAGACCCUACAAAUUCCCAAUGUCGAAGUCGAAAUGAGAACCUGGAGUCCCCCGAAUCCUCUGCUGCAUCUAGCGUACUUAAUGAACCAUUAUCCGAGUAUGGCAUCAAACUAAAGACCCAGCUGCUGUCCCCCAGACCUAGUCUCGAGGCAUUAAGCGUAGAAUCAGACUGUGAAAGCUUUAGGACGGCAUCGCCCAAGCUAUAUCUAGACGAUGAUGACCAAGAGCGGGAGCAAAAGCAAGGACGGAAACAGGAGCAGCAGAGGCAGGAAGAAGCAGAAUCGGAUCACGAACCGGAGCCGCAGCCGCACCCGUACCCGGCCGACCAAGAUCCGGCUGCAAGUGGGCCACACACUAACGAGGAAGAAGCCGAGUCGCCGACUUUUCGGCCGCCCAGGCUCGGAGAUCCCGGGUGGGAGAAAUCAGCGGAUCGGCCGCCGAAGAAGCUACCUAUUCGAUUCAAAGAUGCCGUGGGCCGUAAAUUUAUCUUUCCUUGGGAAAAGGCUAAGACCUGGGCGGGCAUGGAACGUCUAAUCCGAAAUUGCUUCGUCUAUGUCGACGUGAUCGGACCUCACGUCAUCAAGGGGCACUACGAUCUCUUCACCUUUCACCUCCCUUUCUCGACAGAUACCGGCUUUGAAAUGGCUCCCCAGGCUGCUGCGUCAGAACCGGCAGGCGUGCAACAACAUCCCGGGAUAGAAGCUCAUAUGGCCGGUUCAUCGAAUCAUCCUCCAAUCCCGCAUGCUCCGACCCCGCCGCCGGCUCCGACGCUCACGCCCAUAGAACAAUCAGCCGUCACCAUCCUACCCGAGCUCUGGGAGGAUCUGGUCGAGCCAGGCAUGUUUAUACUGAUGCAGAUGUGGCCCAUGGCACCUCCGGCCUUGCCCCCUCCGCCAAUGCAACACCCUCCCCCUGGCCCUCCCGGCAUCCUAGGUGGUUAUGUUGGCGGCAGAGGCCGAGGCAGGGGUAGUGGUGGGGGAAGGGGCAUGGGUCCGCCUCUGGGACCACCGCCUGGGUGGAUGGUGGUGGAAAGACCGCCGAAGCCGAGAGGCAAGACGCGGAAGCGGCGGGAUGGUCCGUAGAUGUUAUACGAUAACUAUACGAUAUACGAGGUUAUUUAUUUAUUUAUUUAUUUUUACGGUAGAGAGGUGUAUGGUUACGGGGGCUAAAGUGAGUUAGAAUGGUGCAGUUCUAUGCAUUGAAACCAUUUUAGGUGGGGGGAGUAAGUAAGUGAGCGAUCACUGUUUGUUUAUUUGUUUGAUUUACUUGGGGAUCAAUAUAUCUAUCUUAUGUAACGUGGGUGGUAUGUACCAUAGUGGGAAAAUGCGCGGGGCAAC